AUGCCCAUAAUGAUCGACGCUGUUCGCGAAAUCUUUGGAGAAGAUGCUGCUGUAAAGACCUCGAAAAUGCCUCAUUUGAACAAUAUAGUUCAUCCAAGAAUUGAGGAGACGUCAAUUGACGUGAAGAAGCAGUUAAAAUUGUCCGUGGGUAAAAGUCCCUUUUUCUAUGUGCAAUUUGAUGAAUCAGUUGAUGUCUCCGGUGCUGCUCAGCUUCUCUGCUACAUCAAGUACGAAGGAGAGGAAGAGAUCGAGGAGAGAAUGCUGUUCUUUUUGGCGCUACCGGGAAGAACUACAGGAGAGUGUCUUUUCCUGGCGAUGAUCGACAAAGUUCAUUUUUUUGAAUUCGAGUGGAACAAAUGUGUUGCCAUUUGCACAGACGGAGCUGCUGCGAUGACUGGGAAACAUGUAGGGUUUGUAAAACGUAUUUUAGAAUUAGCACCAAAUGCGAAAUGGAUACAUUCCAUGAAUCACAGAUAUGCACUGGCUGUGAAACCUCUACCCGGGGAUUUAAUGUCUGUGAUGGAGGUAUGUGUCAGUAUCGUUAAUUACAUAAAAACUUCAUCUUUAAAGACUCGUAUAUUCAAAGAACUAUGCUCCGAAUUGUGA